CGCGGGUAUGUGUAUGUUGUGUGAUUUCAUAGAAGGAAUUUAAGAAUUUCUCAAAGAAUUUGAUUUUCUUGCCGAGAAAAAAGAUUAAUUUGAUUUAAAAGAUUCCGCAUUUCAAUCGCAUCGUUUGGCCAGAGUGCAUUGCACUAAGGAUCCAUUGCUGGGGAGAAUCGCGUGUGUUUAAUCCCCGAACUUACGGUCAAUGUACUUUUACAACCUCUCCAACAACUGUGAUUAACGGAGGCGCCCACUUCCAAUUACGGGGACCAAGGGAAUAUGUGCAAAAUCAACCAAUAUUAGAAGAAGUGUUUUUGAAGAAGGUUAUUCUAAAUCGGCAUUAUUCGGGAAUAAUUUUUUGCAAAAAAAAAAAAAAAAUCAAACGACAUUUUAAACAAUAGAUUGUAUGUUGUAAAUUGAUUCAAUUGCAAAUACCAGCAAAAAAGGAAAUAAAUGAAAAAAGGAUACACGAGACCACUGCAGUUUGGAUUCUGCGCAUUGCUGCACAUUAUUUAUGCUUCAGGAUAACAAUUGUCAAAUAUACCGGCACUAGAACGAAUUGAGCGUCACUGACCAGUACACAUCUGAGGUGAGGGACCCAACUUAAACAUCGAAUUUGCAGCUAGCAUGUGUUGUUCAACAAACGCAUGAAUGGAACUAAUAUUUGGUGCAGCCAUUCGUUUACACAUACGUUAUUGGCUUAGAUAGCACUUGACAUUUUGCCAGCAAAGGGGAGCCCAUCAGCAAUGUGGACAGCUCAUGCGACUAUUGAAUCGACGACCAUAAUCGAUAGUCGUGGUAGUCAGCAAGAAACAUUGGCUGAAACCAAUGAACCUGCCAUUUCAACGAUUGCUGGUUCAUUGGUUUCGAUUGGUUCAAUAUCGCAAACCCAGCCACGAUAUGGUACAAAUGACGCUGGGUACGACACAGAGCAUACAUCAUUGAACUCCGAUUUCGAUGAAGCUGAAUUACGAAGGGAGCUGCUUCGAGACAAAUGGAAACUCUUGUUUGACAUGUUUGAUCCCGAGGGAUUUGGAGAGAUAACGGUCGAUGAGUUUUUGAAUGCUUUAAAAUCACCAGAAUUUAUAUCACAAGUGCCUAUGAAUAAACGAGAGCUAUUAACGGAGAGAGCAAAAAAGGCUAAAUCACCCGUGGGACCAGGUUAUGUCACCUUUCAGGAUUUCGUCAAUGUGAUGAGUGGUAAGCGCACUCGUAGCUUCAAGUGUGCCGUUCAUCAUCGCGACCGUGAAGUCUGUUCUGAGAAUGAUUUCCAGCUGGUGCUAGAGGAGCCGCCGUUCUUCAAGAGGAUGGUUCAUGUCAUUGCCAUGGAAGUACUGCCGGAGGAGCGCGAUCGCAAGUAUUAUGCCGAUCGUUAUUCUUGCUGUCCGCCGCCUUGGUUCAUUGUAUGCAUAACCAUUAUUGAGUUGACACUGUUCACAUACCAUACCGUGAAUGCUGGAGGAGAAGCUGAUCCUGUGGGUCCUGUUCCCACCGAUUCGCUCUUCAUUUACCGUCCCGAUAAGCGCCAUGAGUUAUGGCGCUUCAUGUCGUAUAUGUUCCUGCAUGCAGGCUGGUUUCAUCUGGGCUUUAAUUUAUUAAUACAACUGGUGUUUGGGCUACCAUUGGAAAUGGUACAUGGCUCCGGUCGUAUGGCUUGUAUAUACUUCUCUGGUGUUUUGGCAGGUUCAUUAGGCACCAGCAUUAUUGAUCCGGAUGUCUAUUUGGUAGGCGCCAGCGGCGGUGUUUAUGCUUUACUGGCUGCUCAUUUGGCCAAUGUUAUGAUAAACUACCAUCAAAUGCGUUAUGGCAUUUUACGUUUGGCAGCCAUUCUAUUUUUUGCUUCUUGUGAUGUGGGGUUUGCUGUGUACGCCCGUUUUGUGGACGAUUAUCCCUCGGUAUCGUUUAUAGCCCACUUAACGGGGGCAUUGGCCGGUCUCACCAUCGGUGUACUGGUUCUCAAGAAUUUCGAACAGAAACUGCACGAACAACUCCUUUGGUGGAUAGUCCUGGGAAUUUAUGCAGCAUGCAUUAUUUUCGCCAUUAUUUUCAACAUCCUCAACAGCGCUGUGAUGCAGAGUCUGAAGGGACCACCGCCACCGAUCUAUGCCACCGAGACGAUAUAUAAUCACUUUCAAGUCUGAUAUUUGCCUGCGACAGUGUGUCCUUCGCCCAACCCAGCAAACAUUCCUAUUUAUUUAUUUAUGCUAUAGUCGUGUAUUUUCUUCCCUUUAUUUUUGACUUUUUUUUUGUUUUGUUGACGUUCGUUUACUAUUCCAUUUAUUUUGAACAUGCACAAAUGAAUUCAAUUCAUUGGUUUAAUUUAAUUUAUUUAUUUUGGUUUUCAUGUCAUACACUGCAAGUUUAGCUUUUUUUUUGGUUUUAGUUUCAUUAAAAUUCGUUGACAAAUUAUAUAAAUGACCACUCACACACAUACACACAUAUGUAGUAUAUGAACAUGAGUGAGUAUGUGUUCAUGUACAUAAAUAAGAAAUGCAGAUGACUGCCAGCUGCACAAAAGUACACCAUUUCCACAUAGAAUUACAAAAUAAACAUGCUGAAAUGUAUAUUAAACGUUAACAACCAAUUUGAAAAAAAAAACAAAUUUUUCCUUAUCGUUUUCCAUAGAAUACGAGAAAAACUUUUGUUUGUAUAUUCAUGUAAGUUAAGAUUGACAAAUAAAAUGUAAAUCAUAUUGUAUAAGUAAAGUAUUGCCACCAUUCGUUGCAUUAACGAAACCUUUAAGUGAAAAUAGACCAAUAAAAGAUUUGCACUGAAAACUUGUA